UUCGACAAACAAACCAAUCUAUUUCAUUUCUUGCUCCUGUAUAAUUAUUCUUAGCUUCUUUUUGUCCAAUAAUUAAAUACUAUUAUACUACUACUACUACUACUUCAUUGUUUCUAAUCUAUGGCUUUGGGAACACUUGAGGUGACUUUGCUGGGCGCCAGAGGCCUCACAAGAACCGAUCUCUUGGGGAAGAUAGAGCCUUACGUAGUGAUGGAAUACAGGAAGCAACAGCAUACAAGCUCCAUUGCCAAAGGCACAGCUCCCCUCUGGAACCAGAAAUUCAGAUUCACUGUUGAACAUGAAGAAGAUGAACAUGAAGAAGAUGUCGCCAAAUCCCAAAACACGCUUUCCCUUAUCCUUAUGGAUUAUGACACUUUUACUCAAGACGACUCUCUUGGACAAACUACCAUACAUUUGGGAGAAGCAAUUCAAAGAGGAGUGGAGAAUGGGAAGGCUGAGAUUGGGUCGCACAAGUACAGAGUUGUUGCGAAGGAUGGGACUUAUUGUGGCGAACUUCAUGUAGCCAUUACUUUCACUCGAAAGAAAGAAUCCAAGGAACACUAUUUUGGGGGUUGGAAGCAAAGCCAGUCACAGUUUUAAUUCAUUUCACUCUACUUUGUAGCUUUUCAGCAUCAGAAUUAUCUCUAAAAAUUCAUUUCAUUUCAUUUCAUUAAUUCAUGUUCUUUCU